AAAACCCGCUGCGCCGACACCAGGCUCAGAGAACGCCCAAGCGAGGCUACAGGCAGGAGCAGGCAGCCAAGUGCUGUGGCACUCGACAGGUACUGACAGGUCUCUGCCCACGUUUUUGCAGUCAGCGGCGUAGAUGGCGUUCGUCCCCGAUUUGGACACGCUGGAGAGCAGCAGCCUGAAUGAGGAGACGUUUUAUGGCCCCGACUGCCUCUGCCCGCAGAAGGUAACACCGGGUUGGCGGGAACAGCGAGACACCCAUGAUGGGGAAGCCGGGCUCUCACCCCACAUCUCCUUUCCUCCCCAGAAACCCCGCCUGGACUCAGAGAUGACAUCACCCGGGGUGGACAUCCAGGUCACAGUGACCAAGGGACACCCUGCCAGGACCUUUCGCCAGGCUGCCGUCCUCGUGGUGGCCGUGACCAAGCUCCAGAAGCGGCCGGUGCACAAGGACUUCGCCGACAGUGACCUUGGGGGCUUCCUGGAGGAUAUUUUCGGUAUGGGGGGGUGGUGUUGGGGGUGUCACUCCAGCUGGGGGAUGCUCUUGGGGGAUGUUCUUGGACCAGGGACCAUCAGCAUCUCCCUGACCGUCUCCCUCCCCGCAGAGCCCAUCUCCUUCCAGCAGAUCGAGGACACCUAUGCCAGGGCACCCGUCUAUCGCUACACCCGCUCCCAGUCCUUCGACAUCCUCGACAUCGACCACAAGUGCUUCGUGCUGGAGUCGCCCACCCAGCUGGUGGCCCUGCACCUGCAGGGACCCUCUGCCAGGUGGAAAGUGAAGCUCAACAUCGCUCUGUACCGUCCCCGGUCAUCGCAAGGUGGCCCGGGGACUGGGCGGAUGCCGGUGGCCUUGGGCAUCAAGGGUUACCAACUCUACAUGUCGUGUGUGAUGAGCGGCACUGAGCCUGUGCUGCAGCUGGAGGAAGCUGACAUCAGGAAGGACAUUGAGAGCGUGGAGCUGACCCGCUUCAUCUUCUUCCGCCUGGACAGCCCGGGCGAGGGGACCACCCGCUUCGAGUCGGCCGCCUUCCCCGGCUGGUUCAUCUGCACCUCCCUGCAGCCCCGCCAGCCUGUCGGCAUCACCAACCAGCCCGACCAGGUCAACAUUGCCACCUACAAGCUGAGCGGGCGCUGAGGAGCCCCUGCACCCAAUGCAACCCAACCGGCAGUUGCCGGUUUUCAGGCUGUAUGUACCAAGUACAAACCCCCCAGCUGGGACCCCCGUGCUCCCCAUCUAUUUCAGGUGAAAUAGCAGCUCUGGGCCCCGUGGGCCUGAGUCACCCCAAUUUGUGCUUAUUUAUUGUGUCCACCCCUUGCUUUUAAUUUAUAUACAUUUUAUUGGAAAUACCGUGGUUUUGUUAUCAGGAACGGGGGUAUUUGUUGGUGAUGGAAGUGGAAAUAAAAGGUUUCCCAGGA